UGGCUAACAUCGAUACAGUAGAUAACUAAUGAAACUGGACGUGUUUGUGUCUCCUCACUGUUGUAACAACCUAUUUCAACCUGCGUCAGGAAAUAAUAAGUGAAUAAGCAUGUCAAGAGGAGAAAUCAUCGUUCUUAUUUUGUCUUUGCUGUUUGAGGCUUCACUGAACCAACUAUGUGAAAGGGAGAUAGACUGUCCCAAAGAAAACCAGGAUGUUUUCAGUUCAUCUACAACAGAAAUCCCAAGCCUCCUGAGACCAGGUGUCACUGAGUUGUUUUUUUUGUCAAGCCAGAUUGAAACAAUCCCCAAAGGAGCCUUUGUUAAAAACCCGCAGCUUGAAAAGGUGGAGUUACUGUCCACCACCACGACAUCUAUUGAACCGGGAGCUUUUGAAGGUUUGGUAGACCUCAAGCAUAUUGAGAUCUCAAGCACUCCAUUAACGUGGAUCCCAGUGGGAGUCUUUAAAGACCUCAGCAACCUAGAGAAGAUUAUCCUAAAGUUUAACAAGCUCCGUAGUCUGGAAAAAGGCUUGUUUGAUGGCCUUGACAAAUUAACAGAGCUCCAGUUACAUGGGAACGAGAUCGGAUCGAUUGAAGAUGGGACAUUUGAUGGCCUGGAGAACCUCUUGGUGCUUAAUUUGGCUAAAAACAAUCUCCCUGCUGUAUCAACCCACUGGUUUUCAAAUUUGAAUAAACUGCAGAUACUACGACUUUACGAGAAUCAGCUGACCUCGGUUUCUGAAGACAUUUUCCAGAAUUUGCCAAACUUGAAGGAAAUUGGCUUGCAUGGAAACCAAAUAGCAGAAUUGUCACCUAAUCUAUUUCCACAUAAAGACAAACUCAAUAAACUGCUUCUGGAGAAUAAUCUUCUUACAGGUUUGCCUGAAGGAUUCUUCGUUGGCUUCCCUCAGCUUAAAACGCUGACCUUACAGAAAAAUAAACUGACAAGUCUACCACCUGUGCUUUUUGGAGAAAUGCCUAAAUUGACAGAUUUGAGCCUCAGUCAAAACAGUCUUAGCACCAUUCCUAAAGGAGUAUUUAGCCCUCUGAAGAAACUCAAGAAGUUAGAUCUGUCUAAAAAUCAGUUUGUAAAGGUUUAUGCUGAGUACUUUGAAGGCCCUGAGAAGCUGGUAGAUCUGAAUCUACAAAACAACAAGAUAAAGUCACUGGAUGCAGAUCUGUUUGAAAAGCUACAAUCGGUGGUCACACUCAGGCUGGCUCACAAUGACCUCCAUACUCUUCCAGAGGAUAUUUUUGAGCCUUUAUUAAAACUGAAGAAACUUUACCUCAGUGACAACCCGUGGCGAUGUGACUGUAAUCUGAUUCAUCUUCACCUCUGGAUAAAAGCAAACUCUGACAAGAUUGUGUCUGCUGCUGUCUGUGAGUAUCCAGAACAUCUAAAAGGGCAGAAUUGUUGUUUCUACACGGACCACUAUUGCGGUAAGCAUGUUGUAACUUCCGGUUGUUGUCAUCUCCGGGUAUCCCGUGUGCCUGUUCUGUUGCUGAUAGCUUAUUAUCUUAACUAGUGAUGGCGAGAUGAAGCCUUAUGAAGCUUUCCAGCCAAUAGGUUCGCAAAAGGGUUCAUCUCAUGAGGCUUCAUCAUGGGCUUCAUUUGAACACAAACCCCCUGUUGGUCAAAGUGUGUAAAACAGGCAGAUUGGACAUCUCAACCGUGUGCUCCAUCAUCUCAUACCGAGUUCCCAUUGAGUAAAGCCUUAGAAUAACUCUAAACAACGAACAUAAAAUCAUAUUUUCAUGUUAACAAUAUUGUAUUUAUUCCAGUUUAAUGAUUGUGAUUGAAAAGCCUAAGGAGGCUGGUAAACAUUGCAAAGAGGGAUUAGUAUUCCUUAAUAAUAUUCGUAAACGUAACAUGUUGUAGCUUGAGAAAGGCUAAACCAUAUCAAAUAAUACAUUACAUAACUACAUUAUUAGCUGUAGCUUUUAUAAACAACAUAAAAGACGUAUUGUUCAGUCGUUGAACCAGGGACCCUGCGGCAUGAGUCAACUGCUUUCCAGCUGAGCCACAGCAGCACACACACUAAAGCUCCCUGAAAACACUGGAACUAUGUAUUCCUGUAUUUAUUGAUGUUGUUAUUCCUACAUU